UCCCAUUCAAAUUGAAUGAUCCACAAAAUAGUCAUAGAGACAGAACUAAGUCCGCUGCUGCAACUGGUUACUGCUCUCAAAAACACCACCGUAAUGGAGGCGGCCGGAGUAAUCCGAACCUACGACGACUUCGUGAAAGUCCACGGGAUCCUACUGGCGGCGUCGGGAGUACCUCCGUCGCUGCACCGCCAACUGUUCGAGAAGCUUUCCACGGACACGUUCGACGGCGGCGAAUUCUUCGAGGUCGAGGCCGUCGAGGACGGCCGACAGAGGCGUCUCGUCCUCACGUCGGACUCCAUGGAUAAGGAGUCGCGUGUUUUCCUCGUCGACCACGCCUGGACUUUUAGACUCGACGACGCUCGCAAACAGUUGGAGGAAGUUCCCGGUUUGGCUGAAAGGAUGGCAUCGUUGAUGUGUGUUGAUAUUGAUUUGACUCCGGAUGAUGAGGAGCAAGACAAUUCUGCUGGAGUCUCAGAUGAGAAUGGUUGCAAAAAAAAUGUCUUGGAAAUUGUGGAGAGUGAAAUUUGUACUGCGAAACAGAGAGGCGAUGACACUGUGAGGUGGUUGGAGCUUGAGGAGCUUGACAUGGACGAUGCCAUGCUGUUGUCACUUGACUUGCCUAGUAAAUUUCCUAAUUUACUUGCACUUAGCUUGUGUGGGAACAAGCUCGAGAAUGUGGAAACUGUUAUGCAUGAAAUUAUAAAGUUCAAGCACCUCAAGGCACUUUGGCUGAAUGAUAAUCCGGUCAUACAGAACUCCGAUGAUCACAGGGCAGAUGCUAUUUUUGAAGGUUGCUCCAGUUUGGAGAUAUACAACUCACGCUUCACCUGCAAUUUUGGUGAGUGGGCACUAGGAUUUUGUGGAGGAAUAUAUGGAAAGGACAAUUCUGGCUGUUCCCAUAAGACUGACCAUCCACUGGGGAGCAUGACCUUUCUUGACCUUUCAAAUAGAUUCAUCCACAACUUAAUCAAUAAGGCAUUUUCGCCUGCUAAAAUGCCAUCUCUAUCGCAUUUGAAUCUUCGAGGGAACCCUUUAGACCAGAACUCAGUUGGCGAGUUGUUGCAGCUCCUAAAGGGGUUUACUUGCUUAAAUGCAUUGGAGGUAGAAGUUCCUGGGCCACUUGGAGAAAGUGCUGUUGAAAUUCUUGAAUCCCUUCCCAAUCUUUCUCUGCUGAAUGGCAUCAGUAGAUCAAAGAUAUUAGAAUCUGGCAAGCAUGUGAUUGACUCAAUGCUCCAACCACGUCUUCCUGAAUGGUCUUCAGAGGAACCUCUUGCUGAUCGUGUUAUCAAUGCAAUGUGGUUGUAUUUGAUGAAUUAUAGACUAGCAGAUGAAGAAAAGAUCGAUGAGACAUCUGUAUGGUAUGUGAUGGAUGAACUAGGUUCAGCUUUGCGGGAUAGUGAUGAGCCAAAUUUCAGAGUGUCACCUUUUCUCUACAUGCCAGAUGGUAAACUGGCAUCGGCUAUAAGCUUUUCUAUCUUGUGGCCGACCCAGAAAGUUCAAAAAGGUAAUGAGUGCACUCGUGAUUUUCUAUAUGGUAUUGGGGAGGAAAAGCAACGUUCUGCCAGACUCUCUGCUUGGUACCAUACACCGCAAAACUAUUUUGUUAAACAAUAUGAAAAUCACAAGCACAAAUUGCAAUCAACAAGUUUUGUCUCCCCGCCCAUGAAGCCAUCUACAACCAAUAGUUUGCUGCGUAAGGAUGGAAGUGCUUUACGGGUUUACACAGAUAUACCUCCAGUGGAAGAACUUUUGACACGCCCUGAAUUUGUGAUCACGUCUGACCCAAAAGAUGCAGAUAUUAUAUGGACAAGUACGCAGGUGGAUGAAGAUAUGAAGGCAGCUGCUGGACUGACAGAUCAACAAUACAUAAAUCAAUUUCCUUUCGAGGCUUGUCUUGUGAUGAAACAUCAUUUGGCAGAAACUGUUCAGAAGGCACAUGGAAGUCCGACAUGGUUGCAGCCUACUUACAAUCUUGAAACACAUCUUACUCAUCUCAUUGGCGAAUAUUAUGUACGCAAAAGGGAUGGUCUGGACAAUCUUUGGAUCUUAAAACCGUGGAACAUGGCACGAACUAUUGACACAACUAUAACUGGUAAUUUAUCAGCUAUUAUUCGUCUCAUGGAGACUGGUCCAAAAAUUUGUCAGAAGUAUAUAGAACGCCCAGCUUUGCUCAAAGGGAAGAAAUUUGAUAUCCGUUACAUCGUUCUGGUUCGCAGCAUGGACCCCUUGGAAAUAUUCCUUGCAGAUGUUUUCUGGGUUAGGUUGGCAAACAACCAGUAUUCUUUAGACAAGCACAGUUUUUCCGAGUAUGAGACUCAUUUCACUGUUAUGAACUACAGGGGGAAGUUGAAUCACAUGAACACACCAGAAUUUGUUAGGGUGUUCGAGCAGGAACAUCAAGUGAAAUGGUUGGAUAUCCAUAUGAGAGUCAAAAGGAUGAUCCAGUCAGUUUUUGAGUCAGCUGGAGUAGUGCACCCAGAAAUGCAGUCUCCAAAAUCUAGGGCCAUCUAUGGCGUGGAUGUAAUGCUUGAUUGCCAUUUCCAGCCAAAGCUACUGGAGGUGACCUACUGUCCCGACUGUACUCGAGCAUGCAAAUAUGAUAUGGAACCUAUAUUCGGGGGAGGAGAAAUCGUGAAAGGUCACGACUUCUACAACUAUGUGUUUGGUUGCCUCUUUCUAGAUGAAACAAAUCAUACAUCCCCAUUGUAACUGAAUGGCUAUGAAAAUCUUUUGUAAUGAUUACAAAAGUGUGUGUUGGGAGGAUGCCAAAUGAAUUUGUCAGCCAGUUUAGCUUAGCUGAUACAGUUUCUGUGUGUUGAACCAAAAACAAUUGGGAAUGGGAUCUUGCUUUCAAGUUGGUUAGGGGGGUUUUAAGAAGUGGGCCAGGGAUGGGUUUACCCUCUUUGUUUUAUGGACAACAUAAGUAAAUUAGUGGCGUAUUGCUUCUUAUCCUCUUUUCUUGUUCUCU